AUGACUGAUUCUUUCAACAACAACAGCACCAAUAUCACAACGGAAUUUCUUUCACAACCACUUGAAGAAUUAAACAGUCUACUCGAUAGUAAUGAUGAAUGGCAAUUUGACAACAAGUGCGUGACAUCACGCAUUGGUUCUCUUAGAAAUUUAUUGCGACAACUUUCUUCCAUGGAAAAAUCUAUACAAUUCCAAUUUAUCAAUAAAUUAAUAGAUUUUGCAGAGAAAAAUGAUAUUAACAAAUGGAUAUUGUUUAAAGCCAACAUCACUCACAAAUUGCUAACCACUGUAAUUUGGAAGACAAGUCAAAGAAAUGAAGUUGUUGAAAUUACAAUGAAACUAUUAGAAAUCAUUUGUUCAUUUUCUGUCAAAGUUUCAGAUAUCAAGUUAAUAUUAAAUAUGAUUUGUAAUAAAAAUAUUGAAAUUGAAAAUAAUAACAAUAGUCAACAAGAAAAUUCUAGUAGUAGAUGGUAUCAAGGUUCUCUAUUAAAAUUUUUGAAUUCAAUUGCUCAAAAACAGAAUACUUCCAAUUACACUACUUUGGAUUUCUUUUACUUUAAAGGAGGAAUUGAUUCUGGCAUUAGAUUAUCAAGAAUUGAAAAUUUUCCUAUAAAUGGUUAUUCCUUUUUCACUUGGAUAAAAUUGGAUUCUCAUUCAAAUCCAAAAGCCUUUAAUAACAAAAAUAUUAAAAAUAAUGAUUAUUUUCCACGAUUAUUUUCAUUCUUCAAAGAAAAUGCCCAAGAUCUAAUACAUCUCCCUUUAUAA